AUGAUCAGUGCAGUGCUUGUUUUUUCCAGCAGAGGGGAGUUGAUAGUGUCGAAGUUCUUCAAGAACAACUUGAAGCGGUCCAUCUCUGACAUAUUCCGCAUUCAAGUGAUUAAUAAUCUGGAUGUGCGGUCUCCGAUUCUAACGCUGGGGUCUACCACUUUCCAGCAUAUACGGUCCAAUGUUCACGGCGAUGAUUUGUGGCUUGUGUCUGUGACUCGGAGCAACAUCAAUUGCGGUGCAGUGUGGGAGUUUUUGUACAAGUUUGACCACAUGCUGGAGCUGUACGGGCUGAACAACGAGGAGUUUUUGAAGGAAGAGUUUAUGGUGUGCUAUGAGCUCUUGGACGUUAUGUUGGGUGAAAACGGCACGCCAAUGGAUACUGAUCCUGCCACGGUGAUCAAGAAGAUGUCUGUGAAACCUUCAAAGGAGACAAUAGAGAAUUUUGCCAUUUCUGUGCAGAACAAGAACUCUACUUUGCCUAAGAUCCCGAAAUUCCUACGACGUACCAGUAGCUUCUUAAAUCAAGAAUCCAGCAACAAUAGCAGUGGGGCGUUCAAUAUGGCAGGAGAAUUACCCUGGAGACCUAAGGGCAUAUCACAUAAGAAGAAUGAGAUUUUCCUCUAUGUCAAUGAGAAGAUCAGUAUCUUGGUAUCAAAGGAGGGGUCUAUCCUAAAGUCCUACGUGGAUGGAACAAUUGAUCUGGUGACACAUCUUAGCGGUACACCCGUGUGUCAAUUUGGGUUAAACGAUUCUUUGAGUGUGAAGAACGAUGACUACGGUGAUUCGUUUGACUAUAUUAAGAACAAGAAGGCAAUUCCAAAGGCAGCUGCUGGAUCGGUUUUACUAGAGGAUUGCAAAUUCCACCAAUGUGUCUCUUUGGAGAAGUUCGAUAAGGAUAGAAUAAUAAAAUUUGUUCCACCGGAUGGAUCAAUGGAGUUAAUGAAGUACCAUGUGAGAAGUAAUAUUAACUUGCCAUUCAAAGUCAGCCCCAUAGUUACAUAUUCUUCCUCUGGAACUGCAGUCGAGUAUAGAAUCACUUUGAAGUCUUUAUUCCCAAGCAAGCUUACCGCAAAGAACGUAACCAUGAAAAUUCCUGUCCCACCGGAAACGCUGGACUGUAAGAUUGACGUAUCCAAUGGCUCCUGCAAAUUUGCUCCAGAAGAGAAGGCAAUGUUGUGGACAUUCAAUAAAUACAAUGGUCUGACAGAGAAUACUUUGAGUGCGGUGACCAUCACAUCUAAAGAUGCACCAAGAUUGAACAUCCAACAAUGGCAAAAACCACCAAUAUCACUGGAUUUCGAGAUCAUGAUGUUUAGCAACUCAGGAUUGGUGGUGCGGUACUUUACUAUCAAGGAGUCUGAGAGAUACAAAACUGUCAAAUGGAUCCGUUACGUAUCAAAAUCUGGUUCCUACGAAAUACGUUAUUGA